AUGGCGCUAUAUGGGACUUCUGACGCCUUAAUGUGCAAGGCGUUCCCAACGACCCUAAGGGGACCGGCCCGCGCAUGGUACAGCGGCCUGAAGACCGGGACCAUCUCUUCCUUCGACCAGCUCGCUCGAGACUUCAAGCUCAACUUCCUGGCCUAUGCCCGUCCGAAGCCGUCCGUGGCGUUGCUCCUCGGACUCCACCAAAGGGAGGACGAGCCCCUCUCCCACUUCGUAAACCAUUUUACGACGCAGAUCCGAGGACUCUCAAACGCUCACCCUUCUCUAUUGAUGCAGGCGUUCAUGAUAGGCCUGCGGCCCUCCAGGUUCUUCUGGUCUCUAGUGGAGCGGCCCCCCACGACGGUACUCGAGAUGCUCCAGCGGGCGAGCCAGUUCGUCGCCGCAGCGACAUGGAUGGCCGGGAAGCGCGAAGAGCACAAGAGGGUCAAGACGGAGCCGCCCCGGCAGCAGCAACCCGCUGCGUCUCGGCAUAGGUUAGAUAGAUCCGACCCGCCGACAUCGAGGCCCCCUCUCCCAGCCUUGAACUCGUCCCGAACGGAAAUAUUCCUCCACAUAAGGGAAAAGGGACUGCUCAAAGAACCUUACCCGAUGAGGAAUCCGCGGACGCUGGCGGACCAAUCGAAGUACUACCGCUUCCACCGGCAACAUGGGCAUGACUCUGAAUAG